AAGAUGAUGCUAUCUAUUGUUGUGUUUCCUGUUUCCCUACCUACCCUAGAAAAACCUCCCAAAUCCUAGACUUUUUUUGGGGUGGGCAGUGUAGUCACAUAGUUUCCAGUUAGAAUUUUUUUCAACCUGCUUCCUAUUGAGGUAAAAACACUGCCUGUCUUAAUAAAUAUAAUGAAGGAUAAAUGUAUCUAUUAUGCACAAAAUUAAAGUUUGACAUUGGAACACAGGUCUCCUCAUGCAUUUCAGUUUACUUUGAUCAACUGUAUUGUAAAAUGUCUGACUAGAGUUUUGGCCAGCCUAAAAAGAAUUACAAGAAAAAGAAGAUAAUGACAUGUGUUAUCGCCAACUUACAGUUUUCAAUUUGCCGCCUUUAGUUUUAGAUUAGCAUAAGUUAUCUCCCGCCAAAGUUACUUCCUGCCACUUGUAGCCACGGGAAGCUCCAGCUAGGGAGCCCAGGGGCGGCUGGAGCUUAGAACAGUAGGAAGCCCGCGCAGAAGGAAGACAGAGGGCAGAAAAGGCCUGGAGACCAACUCUAGGAAAAUUGGGCCUGGUGGAGAUCAACCCCAGGAAACUUAGGCCUAGAGAUUAUUUCUCCAGGAAAUUUAGGCUUGGAAGUGUACUCCAAGAAGAAGAAGAAGAAGAAGAAGAAGAAGGCAUCAGAGGACAGUCAGCCAGUAGCCGGGAGACCAGACUAAGUUUUACGAUUAAGAGCUCACCUUGGAAUAUGAACUGAGGAGAAUCACAGGACACAGGAAUUCACUGAGGACACAACAAGGGACCCACUUAAGAAGAUUCAGACAAGGGGAUAAAACCAGAACUUUCCAGUUUAGUUGGCGGCCUUUGUACAACUACUAACACUGCUAGAUUAAACCGUCAAAACGUAAGUCUGCGAGUGCGUGUCCUCUCUCUCAAGACUCCUCAGCAAAGACAAGGUGAGUUCAGUCAAAACAUUCUCUAGACCCCGACCCUGGCUGAAGCGCUGAGAGUCAGCGCGCUUACAGUAAAACUUAGUGGUCCUGGAAGGAUUCAAGUAAAAACUGUUGGUCAUAGGAGACCAUAGGACUCAAGUAAAACUUAUGGUCGACCGGAACCAGUAAAACUGGUUAUAGGACUCUAACGAGUGAAAGUACCAAGAGAACUCGCUAAAGUGGUAUGCAGUUCGAAGGAUUACAGCAAAGGGCUGUGAAUAUUAAGGAAUUGUCUGUCGAGGCUAGCAAGGCCUGCAAGUGUUAUCUACAGGAAACAAAGGCCUCUUGAGUAGGUUGACAUAUCCGAAUGUGGUUGAUGAUUGAUGACCUAACUCAGAGGAAGUAGCAACCCCUUGCAGCAGGUCACCUUACCGUAAAACAGAUAAUUGUUGCAAGAAGUUACCAUUGUCUGUUUAUGCGUCUGAAAGGGGAAGAAUUUAACCUUUUCAGAAUUUAGUCCGACUGUCAAGUGCAAGGACAUUGGGUAAUCGUGUAUUGUAUUACAUCGCAUGUGAAUACCUCUGUACAACGACAAAUACCACCAGACAGAACAAUUAGCAGUUUUAGGGUAUCCUGAGUGACAGCACAGCUGUGUGAUCAGAACAGACCUUUGAAGGCCAAGCAAAACUUGGACAGUAAACAGAAUGGAGGAGAAGGACUCCUCUACAGUAGGUGUAGAGGGAGAAGAGAAAAAUGAGGAUCUACAAAAAAGAGUGCCUAAGAAGGCAGAGUGGCAAAUAGUAGAAGAGAAGAGAAGAAAGAAAGUAUUCAGAUCCUCUGUGUUGGGAAAGCUUACGAGCAAGGCCAACACAAUAAAGUCCUGGAUGGAAAGUCCAGAAAACAAGUGGUACGUACAAGGCGAGCUGACAUUGUGGCGUGAGACGUAUGAGGAAUUGAAAGAAGCACAUAGAGAAUAUCAGCUUACCCUGUCACCGGAACAGGCGGAAGAAGAUAACAAGCAGUGGGCUGCUGACAAGUUUGAAUCAGCAGAAAUCUUCUAUCACGAAGUGGAAAGGUGGAUGGAUAUAAGUACAGAUCACACAGAACCCCUCGGGGCAGAUGGAUUAAGUCUAACAGUCAAACCGUCGGACAGUGUUUCUCAAACAGGUUCACUAGGAAGGCGAUCGGUUCAGAGUCGUACAAGUACAGCUUCUCGAGUAGACUCUGAAAUUAAAAGGCUAGAGCUGAUGGUCCAGGCCACUGCACUGCAGGAGAGAUUAGCUCUAGAAAGGAAGUCCUUGGAGAUUGAACAGGAAAAACAGCUGUUAGCGAUAAGGACUGAGAUUUCCGUAGAGGAUGCGAAGAUCAAGAUGUUCAAGAACAUGGAAGAGCAGGAAAGAGGCUCCACAGAGCUCAGAGGUGAUAAACACGGCGGGGAAGAACAUCCCAAGUGGCGUUCACCUGUCUUGGAUCCCAACAUCCUCAGCUAUGUACCUCGUCAAGUGAAGCAAGAAGAACAGGGGCAUAGCGUACUCUGGACGGCUACAGAUAAGACAAGGCCGAAGCGUGAGUAUAGUAACUCGGAGCGAAGGGAUCACAAUCUUGGCUACAGUGCUUUGAGGAUGCCAAGCGGUCGCACACUGUACCAGCCUCCAGUUCGUACACCUCAGCAACCCCCAAACGCCACAAACGACAUGUUGCAAACAAGUACAACUCUGCCACCUGAACCAAAGCAGAACAUCUCCGUCAGUAAAGGAUUACCACAGCAUGUUGACAACGUGGUAAGUCAGCAAAAAGGUGAGCAAGGGAACACAGUCACCACAACCCCUGAGGAGUUUCUGCAAGGGCUAGUGAGUGCACAGGCAGAGGUCACCAAGCUGAUGGUGGAACACAACAAACAAGCCAGCCUGCCAACGAGAGCUAUCAGUGUUUUCGAUGGUGACCCACUGAAGUACACAACAUUCGUAAGGGCAUUCAAACAUGCGAUAGAAGACAAGACAUCAGAUGCAGAAGACCGUUUGUCAUAUCUACAACAGUAUACCAGAGGGGAGGCCAAGAAGAUUGUGGACAGUUGUUUCCUAAUGGAUCCUGAAGAAGGAUUCAGGAAAGCAAAGGAAUCCCUACAAGAAAGGUAUGGGACACCCCACAAGAUAUCUCGGGCGUACUCCAUGCAAGUCUCCAAGUGGCCAGAGAUCAAGGCAGAAGACAAAGCGGCCUUGAAGAAUUUCGUCUUGUUCUUAAUGGAAUGUAAAAACGCCAUGAGUGGAGACAGGUACCUGAGAGAGUUGGAUCAUUAUUCCAACAUCAAGUUGCUUGUGGACAAGCUUCCUUUCAAGCUAAGAGAAAGGUGGAGAAGGCACUCUCACGGAAUAAUGAAGGAACGCUCAGUCACUUUCAGUGACUUUGCUGCCUUCGUGCAGAAAGAAGAGGACGUGGUCUCUAAUGAGGUCUUUGGCGAUCUCAACAACAGAGAGAAGAGCCAGAGUUCUAGCUUCAAACAGAAGCAUGGACCUAGGAGGGGUUCAAGCUUAGCAGUAGCUAUGGCAACAGACAGUGCAGAAACUGAGUCUACAGGUGGCUGUCUGUACUGUGCGAAACCCAAUCAUUGCCUGAGCGACUGUAGGGUGCUCGGCGCCAAACCAAUGGACGAACGCCUGCGGUACAUCAAAGGCCAAGGUUUGUGCUUUGGUUGCUUGAAAGCUACAACACACAUGGCGAGGGACUGCAGGCAGCGGGCAGAGUGUAAGAGGUGUCAAAAAUCUCACCCUACUGUGUUACACAGGGAUGCUGGAACGGUACCCAAGAAGACGGCUGCAGUAGGACGAGUACUACGCACCGGAUGUAGCUGGGAAGGAGUGCCACCGAUAAUUCCUGUGAAGGUCCGCAGCAAGACCACAAACAUCACAGUCGAAACAUAUGCUUUCUUGGACUCGGGAAGCGAUGUGGUAUUCUGUACCGAGGCCUUAAAGGAUCAGCUGAAGACAAGUGGCAGGAAAACAAAGUUGAAGCUGAAUACAAUUAAUGACACCAAAACAGUGCAGAGCGAAGUCCUGCAUGACCUAGAGGUCAUGGACUUGAAAGGGGAAAACACAAUCCCCAUAGCAACAGCAUACACGCAAAAGAAAAUACCUGCAUCCAAGACAAACAUCAUAACGACGAAGGACCUUACGGCAUGGCCAUAUCUCAAUGAGGUAGACGUGCCUCAGAUUGAUGCAGAAAUUGGAUUGUUAAUUGGUAACAACGUGCCUAAGGCUGUAGAGCCCUGGCAGGUAGUUCACAGUCAAGGCGGAGGUCCAUACGCCAUCAGGACGGUACUAGGAUGGUCAGUAAAUGGACCCCUCAAGGGGGCCAGUGAUGACAAGGCUAAUGUCAACAGAAUCAGUCUGGAUCAACAGCUGACAGAGUAUUUCAACAAUGAUUUCAACGAAACAAAGGAUGAUAAGAAAGAAAUGUCAGUGGAAGAUCAAAGGUUUAUGAAGAUCGUAUCAGAAGGCACGAAGAAAGAAGAUGGCCAUUAUCAGAUUCCGUUACCCUUCAGAAACGGUCCACCAGAGCUGCCAAACAACAAGCAAGUAGCCCUUCAAAGAGCUAACCAUCUAAGAAGGAAGAUGACGAAAAAUGGCAGCUUCCAAGAAGAAUAUACCCUGUUCAUGCAAAAAAUAAUAGAAAAGGGCUACGCGGAACGGGUACCCACAGAACAGCUGAAGACUGAGUCAGGCCGGGUAUGGUACGUUCCCCACCACGGGGUGUACCAUCCGCAAAAGGGAAAGAUGCGAGUUGUCUUUGACUGCGCCGCAUCCUACGCCGGCACCUCCCUCAACAAGGAGCUGCUUCAGGGUCCAGAUCUGACCAGCACGCUGUUCGGAGUGUUAACUCGGUUCAGACAGGAACCCGUGGCCUUGAUGGCAGAUAUUGAAGCAAUGUUCUCCCAGGUUAAAGUACCAUCAGAGGACAGGGACUAUCAGCGCUUCAUGUGGUGGCCGGAGGGUCAGAUAAACAAACCGCUGGAAGAGUAUCGUAUGACAGUGCACGUGUUUGGUGCGACGUCCUCCCCUAGCUGUGCCAACUACGCUUUGAAAAGAUUGGCGGAUGACUGCAAGGAUCAGUAUGAUGAAGAAGUGCUGAAAGCAAUCAAAGGUGAUUUCUAUGUUGAUGACCUGUUAAAAUCAACAGAAACUGUAGAGAAAGGACAGUGUUUGGCCGAGGAUAUCCGAAGUGUGUGUGGCACUGGAGGUUUUAGGCUGACUAAAUGGAUCAGCAAUUAUCAGCAAGUUAUCAAGGCUGUACCAGUGACUGAGAGGGCGGAGGAAGUUAAGAACCUAGACCUGAAAUAUAACAGUAUGCCCACAGAAAGGGCACUGGGCAUGCUGUGGAAUGUGCAAACUGACACGCUGGGCUACCGAACCCUCAGUACAGAAAAGCCGGCCACGAGAAGGGGAAUAUUGUCAGUGGUCAGCUCCUUCUACGACCCCUUGGGAAUGGUAGCACCAGCACUCUUACCGCCAAAGAUGAUCCUGCAGGAUCUCUGCAAAGAAAGUCUGGGCUGGGAUGAUGAAAUACCGGAAAAACACUUCAAUGCCUGGCAAGAGUGGGAGAGUGACCUACAGUUGCUUAGCAGUAAAUUCGAGGUGGACAGGUGUUUGAAACCAAGAGGAUUUGGAACACCUACAUCUGUACAGCUUCACCAUUUUGCAGAUGCUUGUGAGGUUGGAUACGGCACUGCAUCGUAUGUUAGAAUGGAAAACCAAGAGGGCAAAGUCCAUUGCACGCUACUUGUGGGAAAAUCACGAGUGACGCCGCUAAAGAAGAUCACCAUACCACGACUGGAACUUAAUGCGGCAGUAGUUGCAGUCCGCGUGGACUCAAUGCUCAAGAGAGAGUUAGACCUCAAGGUGGACAGAACGCAUUUCUGGACCGACAGUACUACAGUCCUCAAGUACAUCAACAAUGAGACGUCCAGAUUCCACACUUUCGUGGCGAACAGGCUCGCAACCAUAAGACAGGUAUCAAGUCCGAGACAGUGGCGCUACGUUGAGUCUGGUUUGAACCCCGCGGAUGAUGCAUCAAGAGGUCAACCCAUACAAGACUUCAUCGAGAAUGAACGAUGGCUAAAGGGGCCACAGUUCCUGUGGCAAGAAGAGAGCCGGUGGCCAAGCCAACCGGACAUUAUAAGGGUUAAUGAGCCACAGCUCGACCCGGAGAUAAAGGUGCAUGCAAUAGUGGCACAAGAAGUUGAACAGGAGAACCCAGUUGACAAACUUCUACGCCAUUACUCGAGCUGGCACCGACUGAAGAAGGCUAUAGCUUGGCUAGUAAAGGUACGCCAAGCCUUGUUGACAAAGAAGAAGCCACUGAGUCCAACAUGCUAUGAUUUGGAACAAGCAGAGUUGAUUGUCAUAAAGCAUGUGCAAAUGAAGUACAAAGAAGAAGGGAUGAGCAGUACCGUCAGAAAGCUGGAUCCUAAGUUGGAUGCUAAAGGCAUCCUUCGAGUGGGAGGAAGACUGGGAAGAUCAACCUUGCCAGUGGAAACAAAACAUCCCAUACUGCUUCCAAAGAAGUCAAGAGCGGCAGAGCUUAUGCUUCAAGAGCUCCACAGUAACGUGGGACACAUGGGAAGGGAAUACGUAAUAGCCCUGGCAAGAAAACGGUACUGGAUACCCAAGAUCAACUCCUUAGUGAGAAAGGUGAUAAGCAAAUGUGUCGUCUGUCGCAGACAGCGCGGCAAGCCAGGAGAGCAGAAGAUGGCGGACUUGCCAUCACAUCGUGUAACACCAGAUGAACCACCAUUUACCAGAGUCGGUGUAGACUACUUCGGACCGAUAGAGGUCAAGAGAGGCCGCAGCACCGUGAAGCGCUAUGGAGUAAUAUUCACGUGUAUGGCGACUCGCGCUGUACAUAUUGAAAAGGCAGACUCACUAGAUACAGACUCGUGUAUCAGUGCACUUAGAAGGUUCGUCGCUCGUCGCGGACAAGUAAAGAAGAUAUGGUCUGAUAACGGAACAAAUCUAGUGGGGGCCAAGGCUGAGAUGGAGAAGGAGAUAAAGAAAUGGAACGAGCGCCAGAUAAGUGAGACCAUGCUGAAGAAGAAUGUGGAUUGGAGAUUCAACCCACCUACAGGCUCACACUUCGGAGGAGUCUGGGAGCGCCAAAUACGCUCCAUAAGACAAGUUCUCAAUGCUAUAAGCAAACAGAAACUACAAGAUGAUGAGGGUUUGCGUACCCUGUUCUGUGAAGUGGAAUACAUCAUCAACGGCAGACCCAUAACGGCGGUCAGCAUGGACAUUAACGAUGUUGAAGCGCUCACACCAAACCAUUUGUUGACAAUGAGGUCGGGACCAAGCUUGCCACCAAGCUUGACAGACAAGAGCGACCUGUACGCUAAAAGGCGCUGGAAGCAAGUACAAUACCUCGCCGACCAAUUUUGGAAGAGGUGGACCAGAGAGUACCUCACAGCUCUACAGGAACGCCAGAAGUGGGGCAAGGUUAGAAGAAACUUUGCAGUAGGAGACAUCGUGAUAAUGAAGGACGAUCAAACACCGAGAGGCGCAUGGCCGCUGGGCAAAAUAGUGCAAGUCAUGCCCGACAGACGUGGACUAGUGCGUCGAGUGCAGGUCAAGACGCAGCGUAACAUCCUGGAGCGACCGAUUGACAAACUAGCUUGGAGACAAGUGUACUCCAAGAAGAAGAAGAAGAAGAAGAAGAAGAAGAAGAAGGCAUCAGAGGACAAAAGGGAGGGUGGAGAAGCAGGUCCCUCUACAGGACACAAUGACACACCCAGCAACGGUUCCCUAGAUACCCAGAACCCCACCCAGCAACCCCAGCAGGACUCCCAGAACCCCGUCUUACAGAACUCCUUCCUGCAGCACAUCACCGACAUCCAGAAGUUACAGGAACAGACCCAGAGCCUCCUGAACAACGCGCAGAAGACACAGAACAUCUUAGACACACAAGCCAGCCAGAUGUUCAAGAUCGGCGUUCCUGUUGAUCCGAGUCACAGCCACCUCCACCCUUACGCCAGACCAGGCCCCAGUAGUCCCCCCGUCCGUACCAGCACCUCAACCGGUCUUCUGACAUCUCCCUUGGCGCAGCCGCCCUUUCCCGGGAAUAUAGGGUUCAUGCCGAUGCCCUUAGGCAUGAUGGGAUUGCCGUUGCGCCCUGGUAUGCCGAUCCCGCCGAUGUUAAGCCCCCUGAUUGGUCAUCCUGGUCUGCUACCACCUGUUGUAGGGAAGCCUGGAGAAACUCCCUCUGGAAGCCAAGGUGGAACAAGACAGACAGCAGUACCAGUGGGAGGGGGGCCGCCACAUGUCAUGGCUGGGCUACAGGAAGGUCUGACCUUGGAGCAGCUGAAGGUCAUACAGGACAUCGUGUCCAAGUUUCCCAAGGAGAAGAGUGUGGGACCGAGGAUCGUAGCGCCAAGUCCAGAACUAGUCCAAGCCUGGCAGAAUGCUCUACACACAGGUUCUUCACAGUCUACCGUUAGCCCCACUGGACAAGAGGCGAUAAAAGAUGAAAAGACUGCAGCAGCGCAAUCUGCUGAACGAUGGCAGAAACUGAGCCAGUUACAACGGAUGGAUGAAGAAAUGCCUUCUAGUGGUGGAGUGAGUGAAGGAGGGAAUGGUACAAGGGAUAAGAUGGCGGCAGCCUUCCUUGGACAACAACAAGGGAUGUCGUUGGUCCACAAUGGUUCAAGUUCAGUGGAGGCAGCUGUAAGUCAGGAUGGGGUGGAUGCUGAAACGUCAUUGGCUAACGAAGCAGGUGCUGACAUGGAGCUCCAAUCUACAAUAGCAAAGGGUGGGGACGUGUUUUCUGCACCGAAGUCGCGGUCGAACUUCAUCCGGGCGGAGCGGGUGGGGAGCCUGGGUUACUGGACGCCGGGACGACCUCGGAGAGGUCGGACCUUUCACACCUGCCACAUUUGUGGCAAGGUGUUCCGACGACCCAGUGAGGUUCAACGUCACCUACGGGUCCACACAGGUGAGCAGCCCUUCCAGUGUGACCUGUGCUACAGGCGGUUUAACGACAAGAGCAAUUGGCGCAACCACAUGAUCCGGGUGCACCGGAUCGAGUCUCCCGUCUGGCCCACCUGGUCACAUGAGGCAACACCCAGGGACGACGCCUUCCUACAGAGAGCCUCGGACAAUGGGGACAAUGGGGAGCUUUCUGAUGAGGCUCCUAACUUGGAGAUCAACAAUCAAGAUAACAGUGAUGAAAUACACAGUAGUAAAGUACAUAAUGCAGAAUCUACAGGGGCAAUGUCUGUGGAAGAAGAGAGCCAAGCUACAGUUCAACAAGAAGGACUGGAUCUAUCUACAACUGUGAAGUAUGAGCUCCCAUCACCACAGGAGCCUGUGAAACAAGAGGAAGGGAAGGUGACAACUGAGUUGAUGCUUGAUCACAGGAUGGAAAAGGGCUCAGGUUUUCCUUCUACUGAUGAAGUGUCUGCAAAUGAUGAGGAAACUGUAGAAGACAGUGGCUGUAACAAUGAGGAGGAACAAACUGGCUUACAAAAUGAGAUGAUGAUGAGAGAGAAUGUUAAGGUAGAAGAAUGUGCUUCUGAAAUGGUGAACAGUGAAGAAGGAUCAUCGUUACAAGUGAAACAAGAACCAACAUCUCCUGAGGACAUAUCAGCAACCUCUGAACAGCAGUUCUUCUUCGAGCCAUCUGAAGAACAAGGGCUGGGGAUGGGACAAGGCGAAGGUGAUGACCAAGGAAGCCAAGACUCCUUAGAAGACACUGCAGACCCUGAGAAGAAGAUUUACCACUGCGAGACGUGUCAGAAGCCCUUCAGCAGAGUGGAUUCUUUAAGAAGACACAGGAUCCUCCACACGGGCGUCAAGCCGCACGGAUGCCCCUUUUGUCCCUACAGAACUUACUACAAGGGGAACCUGAAUGUCCACAUGGAGAGGGCACACUCUGCAGAGCUGCACGACAUCAAACAGAGAGAACUGUUCAGUUUCAGAACCCUUGCCGGCAACCAAGCAGUUUCAGCCAGCAGCCAGUUUGUUCCUGACUUGAACCUAUCAAACUCUAUGGUAGAACAGCCAUCCAGUGGCACUGGCUUCUAUGGCAACCAGGGCCUAAGUAACCAGAUGUUUGGUAUCCAUAGCAACCAGUUCGUGACCAAUGAGGAGAGUGGACUACCAAAUAUGGAAGAGAUGGAUGAUGAAGAUGUAGAGGAUGCUUUGGAGGAGGAGGCUAUGGAAGAGGACAGUCAGACAACAUCCAGUCAACAGAUGGAGCCCGGAAUCUCUAACAUUUCACAGAGUUGCAAUGUUUGUGGCGAGAUGUUCGACCCAGACAACCUGACAGCAGAGAUGGUGCACCACGCUGCCAUGCACCAGACCAACAAGGUGUCCCACGAUGUGUUCUACUCUUGUAACAUGUGCAAGGCUAAGUUCCGCAGCAGGGAAGGGCUGGAGAACCACAAGGAACAGAUCCACCAGAGCGAGGUCUAUGGCAGGAUGAUCACUAAGGUGAGUGAGUCUUACCUGUCGUACACCCACAGCACCGGAAACGCGACCGGUAAGAUCGUGACGAAGUACUUCCACAGGUGUAACCUGUGCGGGAAGAAGUUUGACCGGCCGAGCGGCGCUCUGAGACACACCAGGGUCCACACGGGGGAGAAACCAUUCACCUGCAGAGUGUUUCUUCUCGGAUUUGCUGAUAUGGAGUCUGAUUUUGUACAAGAGAAGACGGGACAUCGAUGUAAAGUGUGUCGACUGUCGGUGAGAGGCCAUCCGGGCCCAUAUGGCCGCGGGAAGUGCAAGUUUGAGCGACGAGAAGGUUCAUCGGAUGAAGAAUACUUCAAGCAGCAGCGGGGCAGCGCUCACGUGGAGGAGAAGUUGCGGAGUCUCCGGCGCGACAGCAAAGUUUCCGACCUGGUGCGGGCGGUCUGGUCAGACAGCAUCUCUAUGGACACGGACGAGACGCAGGUGAGACAGUCGAGCUCACACAACUUGAAGAAAUCGUCAGGUUACAGCAGGGAGAACGCCAGCACUCGGGCUAGAAGCGAAUCCCCUGCAGUCCAGUUUUCCCGCCAUCGCGCACGUAACGUUAGUACCAGCAGAGAGGCUGGGCCGGCGAGACCAGAAGAGCCUGACAUUCGCGAUCUCAGAAAGUCUAGGGCCUUAGUCAGGGAAGUCGACAAAGCGCUGGACGAGUUGUUGGAUUCAGAUACCAGCCGUGGGAAACCACCCAGGAGCAAGCGUUACGAGGAUCGCGGCUCCGUUUCAAGUUUGUCGCAGUCGGACAGCACGGAGUCAGAUUUCAUGAGAAAACUCAGGAGGCGCCAGCGACGCAGGGGGUCGCGCGGGAAGAGUUGCAAGAUGAAAGGGGAACGUGUCUCUUCGAAACUUUUCAUGUCGCGCCGGCGCUGUGAUAGCUAUGAUUCGGACACUUCUGGUAUGUCUGAUGAUUCCCGCUCACGUUCUAACAAGCGCCGCCGACGCCGGGCAG